ACCAAACAGUAAAAAAUUUCAAAUAUUUUUCAACAAUACAAAAGGUUAAAUUUUUUGAAUUGUUUACAACAUCGAUAACAAUAUCGGUUUUGUGGUAGGUCGGGUUUAAAUCAGAUAAUUUAUUAUAAGGUGCCAGUCGGGAUAGGUUGACCCAUAUAGAUAUAUAAUUUGAAGGAAAAAUAUUAAAAAUAUUUAUUUUUCAUUAGUUUUUAAUGAAAUAAGCUAUAACAUAAUAAAUAUAGUUAAAUUAUUUGAGAAAUUGAGUUUCUCAUCUAUUUAAAACUUUAUUAUGCCUAAAAGUAAAAUAUUAGGUUAUAAAAGUAAAAUCCUAAAUAAUUUGAGUAAAAUUAUAUAUAAUUAAAAAAAAAUUGAGAAUGAACGGUUUCAAAGUAGAUCAAGUUAAAAAAUUAUAUCCAUAUCCGCCGACCUCACAUACGAGACGAAUAUUACCCGUCUCAAAAUAGUUAGGUAAAAAUUGCUAUUCCUACAUAUAAACAGAUCUAGGCUAAGUUCUCAAAAAAAAAAAAAAAAAACAGAUCUAGGCUAAGUUAAUUUAUUUGGGCCCGGCCCGGCCCAACCACCACGUGAAUGAAUGAAUGUGCCAUAUUCACAAGUCACAACACUUAACGGACGUUUUCUGCCCCCUUUCAACAAACACUAACGGCCAUUAGUUUCCACCGGUCCCAUACUCCCAUAUUCCUCUCCCUCAUUUAACGGAGCUUUCUCCCGUCAUUAACUUAAUUCUCUCCUUGACUUCUUUUCCAUAAUUGACGCUUGCCGACAACACUUAAUCAGGUAUUAAGGAAAUCCCAAACUUCCAAUCACAGCAUUUCUCGCAUGAUUUACCUGAACUCCCUGCCUUUUUUUCUGGUUCGUUCUCUUCCUCCCUCAACCACCGACAUUUCAAAGCGGACAGUGAAUUUUCAUCAGUGAAGCGAAGCCUUUCUUGACUCGAUGCUAGAAACCCACAGCGAAGAAUCGCUCGCUGCACCAAGUUGAUUCGAAAGUGACAAGAGAUGGAGAAACCUUCAACAACCCAUUCAAAGCGGUGCAACAAUCAGCUCUGGUUAGUGGUUCUGGCCUCCUUUCUCCUAUGCCUGGUCUUGCUUUGCUUCGAUUUCUCUGCUUUACCGGAACAACGAAAUGGGAUCGUCCCCGCCGCGAUUGGUAGCCAUUACCAGAACCCUACCGUCCUUACUCAGAAGCCAGAAACUCUGGCUCCGAAGGGCAAUGCGGAAGAGGUGGAGAAGGAGAAGGUAAUCGCCGAUUCCUGUUGGGGGAAGUACGUUUACAUUCAGGAAAUUCCAUCUAGGUUUAACCAGGAUUUGCUCGACAAUUGUGGAUCGGUUACCCCAGGAACUGAACACAACAUGUGCCCUUAUUUGGUUAACGAUGGGUUGGGUCCUUCGAUUCAGGACUCCACUGGGGUUUUGUCGAACGGUAGUGGUAGUUGGUACUUGACAAAUCAGUUCAUACUGGAAGUGAUUUUCCACAACAGGAUGAAGAACUACAGCUGCCUGACUAAUGAUUCAUCACUUGCAUCUGCGAUCUACAUUCCUUACUAUGCGGGGCUCGAUCUCAGUAGAUUUCUAUGGGGGUAUGGUGCUACAGUGAGGGAUCAAUCAGGGUUUGAACUUCUGAAGUUGCUGGUUGAGAAGCCCGAGUGGAAGAGAAUGUGGGGGAGGGAUCAUUUCAUGGUUGCUGGGAGGAUAUCGUGGGAUUUCAGGAGAAAAACGGAUGAAGAAUCUGACUGGGGAAGCAAGCUUAGGUUUCUCCCGGAAUCAGACAACAUGUCGAUGCUUGCUAUCGAGUCGAGUUCGUGGAACAAUGAUUAUGCAAUUCCAUACCCGACUUGCUUCCACCCUUUGAACCAAAAUGGGGUUUUGGAGUGGCAGGAGAAGUUGAGAAGGCAGAAAAGGGACUACUUGUUCUCUUUCGCUGGUGCUCCAAGGUCCGACCUCAAUGCUUCACUUCGUGGCAGGAUCUUUGAGGAAUGCCAAGGUUCAAACAACUUGUGCAAGUUGUUGGAGUGCAGCUACGGCGAAAAGGGCGCCAUCACUUGCAACAAUCCUGUGAAUGUGAUGACGGUGUUUGAGAAUUCAGUUUUUUGCUUGCAGCCUCCAGGGGAUUCAUACACGAGAAGAUCAACAUUUGAUGCAAUCUUGGCAGGGUGCAUCCCCGUCUUCUUUCACCCAGGAACGGCUUAUGCACAGUAUAAGUGGCAUUUGCCGGAUGAUUUCAUGAGGUACUCUGUGUUUAUCCCACUGGAGCAUGUUGAGGAAUGGAGAGCUGGUGUUGUCAACCAGACGUUGCUGCAGAUACCAGAAGAGAAGGUGGUGGCCAUGAGGGAGCAGGUGAUAAGGCUGAUUCCCAAGGUGAUAUAUGCGGAUUCCAGGUCUGAAUCAGGGCCCGGUUUCGAGGACGCGUUUGAUUUGUCCGUGAAGGGAAUCCUGGAGAGAAUUGAGAGAGUUAGGAAGGAUGUCAGGGAAGGGAAGGAUCCUGCUGCUGGUUUUGCAGAGGGGGAUGAUUUCAAAUACACGUUCUCUCUGUAUGUAGAUAAGAGUAAGAUAUUGAAUAAGGAUCCUCCAGUUUCCUCAGUUGACUAGGAUUCUGUUUAAAAGAACCCAAUAUGUUGUUGUUUUGGAAUAGUGGAUCCAUGGGUUUUUUUUUGUACUUUUUACAGAAGUGGGGAGGAAGAAAGAAUGCAAGAAAUAGCUUAUAUGUGUAGGGUAUACUGUCUUAGGGCAGCUUUCUUAUGUCAGUGGCAGAUGAAGGAAUGAAUGAUAGUGCUCUUAUAAUCUUUUCUGUUCCCUUUUAUAGUUUGUUCAGUCGCCUCGCCUGUCUGUGAAAUUGGAAAGUUGGGAGCUUCCCUAUAAUGGUUGCUAAUGGCAUUUCUGGUUUGCUGAUCAAAAUGAUUACUAAUACUACCUAUCAAUAUUUGCAAGUGAAUGGUGAAUGGGUAGGUUCAUAGUUCAUACUUACUUAUGGGACACAUGAUAUCUACUGAUAAAAUGAUUAUUAAUGCUACUAUGAAUAUUUUAUGAGUGGUUUAAUGCACUCAAAAAAUGAACAUGUAAUUCCAACCUCUAGUCAAUGAACCUUGUAAUGUCGAUUUUUUUUAAUGAAUAUGACUAUUGAUAGAUUCUCUUAUAGUUACUAAUAUAUCUCUUUCUUAAUGUAAGUCACCUCACUAUCAAUGUUUAACGUGCACCAAUGAACCCUAUAAUGCAGAUUAACUAAUAGACAUGACUAUUAGUAGAUUCCUUAUCUAAUUUAGUCACUUUACUAAUAGAUCUGUAUCUAAAAUGUACGUAAAAAAUUGAAGUAGUAUUUAACGAACCAUUAACUAAAAAUUGAAGAAAAAAUAUAUGUUUUAUAAAAAAAACUAGAACAUACUAUUUUUUUGUAAAUUGGAACAAUAUAAUGAAAAUUGACUU